GCCAUUUUCACCACAAAUCUCACUCAUGUGGCGGCAAGUUGCACGCGGCAUUCGCCUGCAGUCGUUCUGUGGACCGACCAAGGAGACGACAGUUCGACUGCAUAGCAAGGUCCUAUCGAAUAAUGCAGGCAGAGUACGCCAUGGAGCCAUUAGAACGUUCUCUGGAAGCAGCGCAAAGGAUCCACCCACUACGUUCCAACGAGCAAUCGAGGACAAAGCUCGAUACGUCGAGUGGGACGAAUCCGGUGUGUUUUCCCCCGACAUGUUUGCCGUGAAGAAGAUGGCGUUAUUUGCGAUGAUCCACCAAGCGUUCCCGAACAAAUGCGACUUCGACCUGCCCGAGUUUCUGGAUGGCGCGAAACACGCCCUCGAGUUGGUGUUGCGCACAGUGUACUCUCCUGCAUUCCUUGAAGCCGCGGUGGAUUCCACGAUUGAGAACGACGAGAUUCGUCUGCUGAAGGACGUCAUGUCCCCUGAAUGCCUCAACAUGCUCAAGCAGGGAUUCAAGAUCCAUCACGACAACGGGUGCACCAAGUUCGACCUGACCCAGCUCGACAUCCGGGGGUGCUUUCUCAACAACAUUAAGCUUGCCGACGACAACUCGUCCAUAUUGCUGUACGUCAAAUUCGACACAGCGGAGCACGUGACUGUGUCUGGCAUCAAGGACGGCGUCGCGAUUUCCGAGUCGUCCGUCCGCGAGGCCGACGCAACGUGGGUGUUCGAGUCGCCGAUUCCGUCCACCUUGCGGUGGACCGUCGUCCAGAUGUGAUUGCGUCCACGUUAACCAGUAUAACGACGUGUAGAGUCGGUCGAAGCGUUGACCCGACCUGUCGACUGCCGACCGUCUGGUCACGGUCGCCGCCUGUGCGCCGGCGUUGGAGUAAAUGACCUCCCUUGUCGUAUCUGCGGCAGAUGAAGAACCAUGUCGUCGAGAUUAUGAGGAGGACGGGUUUGACGGCCAAAUGGCCAGGCAUGUCACAGGGUGGACGACGACUCUCGCAGCGAAUUCGAGUCUUUGGUUGGCAAGACGUUGCAUUCGGCAGGAUAUUCGAUGUUGUUUAGCGACCACGUCCCGUGAGCGGCAGCUUGGCUGAAUGAGUCAUGAGUGCUUCACCUGGAGGGCCAUGCCGUCCUGUUAACUUAGAUAUCUACAACUUCUACUUGGA